GCCUUCCCUCCGCGCCGGCCCCGUGCGCCCGUGCCCAGUGGGGCAGACGUAGUGCGGGGCCGAGCUUCGCCGGCGGCCCUCCCUGUAGCGGAGGCUGAUGAAGCGUGCGAGGGGAGCGAGCGCCUGGCGCUGCGGGGACCAGAGUCAUCGCCGACCUGUUUGUCAUGCCACGUCUGUCAAAAAUAAAGUUUCUGAGUGGAUGCCGGGUGUUUGAGAAACCCUUUUCCGUGCUCACCACGGGCGAGAGUGGGGGAUUGUCGUCCUGUGUGAAGUCGUAAGGGAAGUCUAAACUUCUCUGAGGGCUGGCUUUCAUCCACCCUCGCGCAGGCCCAGCCGGGGAACGAGGCAACUUCCCUUGCAACUGGGAGAGACUGUUGGAGUUCGUUGUUGCAAGCUCGUAACAAAGUUAGACAUUUGUUGCUCAAGGAAUGGCUUCCCGGAGUUUUGAGAGGUUAAUACAGUGUUUCGCAGUCACAUGAACUCGGCUGUGCAGAAAUCUGCUUUAAUUAUAGCAACCUGUGGAGGAAGCUAACGGGAAACACUUGUUGCUUUUUCGAUAUUGACCUUCACACCGCUCAGCUGGGAGAAGAGCUGAGGUUUUAGAGGCCUUUUGCUGCUUAAUCUGUCAUGGUUACUGUGUUACCAAAUUUAAUGACUAGGUGAACUCAAGGUUAAUUGGAGCAGAUGAUUCAUGAAAUGUCCCUGAAUAUCUGUUCGGCAUCGCUGCUCCGGAGGUUUCAGAGUACUUUAGUCAUAGCAGAACACAACAAUGAGACGCUUACACCCAUUACACUAAACGCUAUCACUGCAGCAAAACAUCUGGGAGGUGAAGUUUCUUGUUUAGUAGCUGGUACCAGCUGUGACAAGGUAGCUCAAGAAGUCAGCAAAGUGCAGGGUGUGGCAAAAGUUCUCGUGGCUCAGCAUGAUGUGUACAAGGGAUUUCUAGCAGAGGAGCUGACUCCCUUGAUUUUGGAAACUCAUAAAAAAUUUAAUUACACCCACAUUUGCGCUGGAGCGUCUGCCUUUGGGAAGAAUCUUAUUCCCAGAGUGGCUGGCAAACUUGAUGUUGCCCCGGUUUCUGACAUUAUUGAAAUCAAGUCACCAGAUACUUUUGUGAGAACUAUAUAUGCAGGAAAUAUUCUUUGCACUGUGCAAUGUGAUGAAGCGAUUAAAGUAUUUACCGUACGGGGAACUUCUUUUGAGGCUGCGCCAACAAGUGGUGGUAGCGCCAGUUUAGAGAAGUUGACCCCUCCACCACCUGUUGGUCUGUCUGAAUGGAUUGAGCAGAAGCUGACAAAAAGCGACCGACCAGAGCUUACCAGUGCAAAAGUGGUUGUGUCGGGUGGGAGAGGCUUGAAGAGCGGUGAAAAUUUCAAGCUGUUAUAUGAUCUUGCAGAUCAACUGAAUGCUGCAGUUGGAGCUUCCCGUGCAGCUGUUGAUGCUGGCUUUGUUCCUAAUGACAUGCAAGUUGGACAGACGGGCAAAAUAGUAGCACCAGAACUUUAUAUUGCCGUGGGAAUAUCGGGAGCAAUCCAACACUUGGCUGGAAUGAAAGACAGCAAGACCAUUGUUGCCAUCAACAAGGAUCCAGAAGCUCCGAUUUUCCAAGUGGCAGACUACGGACUGGUGGCAGACUUAUUUCAGGCGGUGCCAGAGAUGACGGAGCUCCUGAAGAAGAAGUGAGUGACGGUGAUGGACCCUGCACUGUGAUUGGGACGUGGAGGAUAAAGGCAAAUAAAAGAUUGUGCUGGAAA